UUUACAAAUGGCGGCAGUCAGAACGAUAAUGGUCUUUCCAACCGAAAUGGUGUUCUCAUAAACUUAGUUGUUUAAAUUGAUUACAUUCGAUAACCGACUAUGUAAUUGUUAAGGUAUUAAAAGAAAGAAUUACAGCAGGAGCUGGGCAUUUUUAUGAAGACUGCUAUUCAACAUCAUUAGCACAUGAUUUCACAAAGAAAAUAAUAUAACAAAGACAAAAUGGCAGCCGACUGGGGAAGAAAAGCUGCUAGUAAGAUUGACAGGACUCAGUUCAGUAAAGAUGAGCUACUGAAAUCCUUAGGAAAUCAAUUCAAUGUUGACUUUACUGAUUAUGAUCAGUGGACUAGAAAGAACAAACCUGUGACUCGCCCUCCUCCGCCUCCAAAAGGAAGCAAAUCCGUCACUAUUCGCCGCACUGCCAAGUCGGCUGAUAGCUGCCAGCAUGGGACCGGACCUGGCAGGGGUGGACAUAUACCAACGCUAAAGGAGAAAAAACAGGCUGCUCAGAAAAAGUCUCUGGACAAAGAACGAGUGGAGAGAGUUAAAAUUAUUGAGCUGAGAAUAAGAACAAGAAAAAAGACACUAGAAGAAUACCAAAAGAGAUAUCAUGAAUUACUUGAGGAGAAUAUAAAGUUAAAGGCAGAGAUAGAUGAUGAUGAAAUGCAUACAAUGGACCAUGUAAAGGGUUUGCUGCGACGAUAUGAAAAAUAUAGAGGUGGUAUAACAACAAUAAAUACAAACUUUGGAAAAGAGUUUGAAACAGAACAAAGUGAACUUGAUGCAACAAUUGCAUGGACGACAAACAAGCUGGGAGCUUUAGAAAAGCAGGUGUCAGAAUCAGAUGAAUACUUGAAACAGAAGCAAGAAGAACUACACAUCUUAAUGAACUAUAAGGACAAGGAAUACCCUGUCAAAGCUAUGACCAUAGCUACGUUAAAGAAGGAUAUACAGAAUCUCAAGAUUUCAUGUCAGGAAGAUCAAGAGGACUUGGAACAUAUAAUCUAUACUGAGCUGUCAAAGUAUGAGAAAGAAAGAACAAAAAAUAUAACUGAAACAACAAAGGAAAUGACAGAA